AUGGAAUCCAACAACGAUAGACAAAACUUUCAGAUCAAUUACACCGAAGUGGAAAAAGAGUCGGACAGCAACGACGGCAGCAGUAGUACUGUAACUAUUCCUUUAGGAGUAGAAGAAGGACACGGAAGCGAAUAUAAUAGCGGCACUGAGAACGAAUUAGGUUAUUCUGCAUCUGAAGAAGAAUGCGUAAGUAAUGACGAAUAUAUGUUCCAGUACAGCCCAAUAUCCGAGGAGGAUCAGCAAGAGGAGGUGGACAUCAACCCUGAAGACGUAUCGGAAGAAAACCUACAAGAUCCUGUGCACUCAGAACCUACCAGAUCGUGUAACAACUGCAAAAUGAGGACGGUACCAAUUUUAUCGUAUGGAAGAGCAGGAAAAAUAAGAAUGGAGAACUUAGCACAAGCCCAACUAAAAAAUGGAAAUUGGAACUACGAAAUGAUUUACGCACCUCGGGAAUCCAUUCGAGAAUUCCUUUCUCUGAAAAAAGAAGAAGAAAAGAGGGGAGGAGAAAAACUGAAAGAAACACUAAAUACCUUCUCUGUAAACGGGCAAACUUUGUUGCAUGGGACGGUAACGGAAGAACGUUUCGAUAUAACGGAUCUACUGCUAGAAUUUGGAGCAGACCCGGAUAUCAUGGAGGAUGGACAAACGGUAGCACAUCGGGCUGCAGCAACAAACAAUACACACCUACUACGUGUUUUAAGUUAUCACCAUUGCAAAUUACGCGCCUGGAACUCCCUAGGAGAAACACCGCUUAUGGUUGCAAUUGCACUUAAUCAACGAGAAAGCAUAAGCUUUCUUUGGGAAACUUCAAUCAUCAGCAAAUCAGGACGAGGAGCGGAAACUGUGCUACACUAUGCAGCUCAGUUUAAUAAUAGGAAUGUCGCCUUAGGAGCCUGUGACUCGAGACGAGGAGUCGACGUAAAUCAGAGAUCCCUGCCGAGAUUUGAGUCCGCUCUAAUGGUUGCAGUUCGUUAUGGAAACCCCGACAUCGUCAAUGUGCUUCUGAAAAAUGGUGCCACAGACAACAAUCCAGACAAAGAUGGAAAUUAUGCACAGGAUUACAUAAAAAACAAACAAAUACGACGAAUAUUCAGAAUUUGGAAAAUGCCAGUGAAAACGAGAAAGCAAAACGUACCUGCAAUACAUAACGAAGAAAACCAGAGAAAAAGGAAGCGCACAAAAUUUGAGUUAUCAACCACGGAAUCAGAAGAAGACUAG